AUGUCUGCAGCAGAUUUGAUGGAAAACCUCAGGGAAGAACUUACCUGUUUCAUCUGCUUGGACUAUUUCAACAGCCCAGUGACCACUGAGUGUGGGCACAACUUUUGUCUAAUGUGUCUCCUGAAGAGCUGGGAGGAGCAUAACACACCUUUGUCUUGUCCUGAGUGCUGGAGGACCUUGGGAGGCCCUCAUUUUCAGGCUAAUGAGCGACUGGGGAGGCUGGCUAACAUUGGCAGGCAGCUCAGAUCCCAGGUACUUCAGAAUGAGGAUGAAGCAAGUAGCUGCGGGAGAAUGCCAUCAGCCACUAGGGUGUUCUCUGAUGAUGAACAGAGUGUAACUGCUUUCUCAACUCAAAAUCAUGGAGUAAACCGAUUGUAUCUCUCAAGUGAAGCUGAGGAACAACACAAAGAGAAACUCCAGGAAAUCCUAAAUCUUUUGCGCAAAAAAAAGAAGGAAGCUCAGGCUAUUCUCACCCAUGAAAAGGAGAGAGUGAUCCUGUGUAAGGAAGAGACAAAGACCUUUAAACAGGUGGUUGUGUCAGAAUAUAUGAAAAUGCACCAGUUCCUGAAGGAAGAAGAGCAGCUCCAACUCCAGCUCCUAGAAAAAGAGGAGAGAGAGAACAUGAAGAAACUGAGGAACAAUGAGAUUCAGCUGACCCAGCAAAUCAGAAGCCUAAGUAAAAUGAUUAGGCAGAUAGAGUCCACAUGUCAGAACUCAACUUUGGAAUCUUUUGAGGAAGUCAGAGGAGCUCUGGAAAGGAGCGAGACACUCCUGCUUCAGUGUCCAGAAGCCACCAUCACAGAACUGAGUUUGUGUCGCAUCACUGGAAUGAGGGAGAUGCUAAGGAAAUUCAGCACAGAGGUAACUCUGGAUCCAGCCACAGCCAAUGCCUACCUUGUCUUGUCUGAGGAUCUGAAAAGUGUGAGAUAUGGAGGAAUCAGACAGCAGUUACCUGACAACCCAGAAAGAUUUGACCAGUCUGCCACUGUGUUAGGAGCUCAGAUCUUCACUGGUGGGAGACACUACUGGGAGGUGGAAGUCGGGAAAAAGACUGAGUGGGAAGUGGGCAUCUGCAAGGACUCUGUGAGCAGAAAGGGAAAUCUCCCAAAGCCCCCUGGGGACCUCUUCUCACUUAUAGGUUUAAAAAUUGGAGAUGAUUAUAGUCUCUGGGUCUCAUCACCUUUGAAAGGUCAACACGUCCGGGAGCCUGUGCAUAAGGUCGGUGUUUUCUUAGACUAUGAAUCGGGACAUAUAGCAUUCUACAAUGUGACAGAUGAGUCCCUCAUCUAUAGUUUCCCUUCAGCUUAUUUCCAAGAGGCUCUCAGGCCAAUAUUUUCCCCUUGCCUCCCCAAUGAAGGGACAAACACAGACCCUAUUACCAUCUGCUCAUUGGAUAGUCACAUCUGA